AUGCCCAGAGAUCAGUUGCUUGAAGGCAGCAUACCUAUUCAAAUGGAGAAUAUUCCGUUUCCUCUAAAAUUUCUUAGUGAUUCGUGGAUAAACACCCCCAGCUCCACACCAUGGGUGCUGGAUCUCUUCCUCACCCUGGUAUUUGCCGUGGGGUUCUUUUUCCUAUUACUCCCUUACCUCUCUUACUUCCUUUGUGACCCACCCUCACCAUCGCCUGGAAAGAAGAGAAUGUGUCGAGGUCAGCGGAGGGGGAGGCCCAAAGGCAGGAAGAAAAACAGCAGUCGGAAAGCUUCUAGAGACCGCCUGACAGGCCUAAAGGGGACUCCGGACUUGUUUUCACAACUGCAGCGCAUCCUGGGGCCGCAUCCUAAGAAAGGUAAAGACUUUGGUCAGCUCUCUGGUCCCGACCCCCCAGAUGAGGAGUGCAAAAGGGCACCUGAUGGAGCCUCCCAGUCCCCUCAGGAGCCGAUGGAAGAUACUGCUCCCGUGCUUUCCCCAUUAACUUCCCCAGAUCCUCAUACCCAGCAUCCUUCGCCUCUGGACUCCAUCCCAUCACCAAGCCCAAUGGCCACCUCAGUCUCCCCUCUGAGUGCCUCCCAACCACCAGAACCUUCCCUUCCUCUGGAACACCCCUCACCCGAGCCACUUGCACUUUUCCCUAACCCACCACACACCCCUGAUCCCCUGGCCUGCUCUCCGCCUCCUCCGAAAGGCGUCAUUGCUCCUCCCCUGCGGGACUCCACUCUGACGACUCCAUCUCACUGUGACUCAGUGGUGCUUCCACUGGGCACCAUCCAUCAAAGCUCAUCUCCGUGUGAGGAUUUGGCGACUUCUGGCCCAGCCCUCUCAGGCCUUGGCGGCUCAAGCAGUCAUGUCUCUGUGUCUGCAUUCUGGUGUCAGGAAACUACCAGAACCUGGUGCAUCUUCAACUCAUCAGUCCAGCAAGAUCAUCUUUCCUGCCACCCACCGGAAACCUCGUCCUCUGGUGACCCCACAAACAGUCAGAUGGAAGCUGGUAGCCCCUUUUUGCUCAGCUCUGAUGGCCAGAAUGUCGUGGGGAUACAAGUCACACAAAGAGCCAGGAUCAACAUUUGGGAGGAAAAAGAAAAAGGUGGAUCAUUUCCAAAACAAAUGAACACAGAAAAGCACUCGAAUUCUUUGGGGAAUUUGGUGGAAUCAUUGGAUGCUGAGCAGGACACCACAACCCUAAAACCUGUCUGGAACAUGGAAGACUUGAAACAGUCAUCCAGUCCUCAGAAGCUCUCAGAUCCUAGAAUCCUGAAGGAACAUUUUCAGAAGAAUUAUAGCCAGCUUUUCUGGGGCCUCCCCUCUCUGCACAGCGAAUCCCUGGUGGCUAACGCCUGGGUGUCCGAGAGAUCUUACACUUUCCAGUCUCCUCCUUUCUUGUUCAAUGGCAUUCCCAAUGUCCGCCCAGUUCAAACAGAGACUGCAAUGUCUCCACUGCUUUUCCAGGCCCAGCGCCUGUCCCAUCUGAGGCCUGAGUCCCAACCCUUUAUUUCGCCCACUCCCCAAUUCCAGCUCUCGCCUAUGGCUCAGGCGGAGGCUCAGGCCCGUCUUCAAUCCUCUUUCCCAGUCCAAUCUUCUGCUUUUGCAUCCUCAAUUAAUAAUUCUGGAGUAGCUUGCCCUGCAUCGCAGAAUAAGGCGCAAGCUCUCACCUUACCUGAAAUGCAGCGCCCUGAAUGGUCUUCUAAACAACUAGAAGGUGAGUUGGCUUUACCCUCUAGGGUCCAAAAACCUCAGGACGUCUUUAGUGCCUCCACUCCUAACCCUCCCCAGGACAGCUUGACAGCAAUCGUUCCUGAGAACUUUCCGGUCAGUCCUGAACUCCGGAGGCAACUGGAGCAACAUAUUCAAAAGUGGCUCAUUCAACACCAGAGCAACCUGGGGACGACCCAAGAGGCUCCGGAUCUGAUGCAGCCUCGGGAGAAAUUGCCAGGGACAAGUCAGGCCAGGGGCAAACUCAGACCCUUGCAGUCCUCCAUGUGCACGGGUGAGAGCGGCAAGGACAUACAGAAGGUGACGUUCCAGCUAGAGAGGAAUCCCUGCACACCUCUGGGGCAAAUUCUGGGGCAGACCCCGCAGAAUCUAGCCAGGUGCAUGGAAAGCUUCCCAGGGAAGGUUCUGGGGGCAGCCUCUGAGGAGUUGGAAAGAGACUUGAAGAUGCCCUCGAGGAGACACUCGGAAAGUGAUUUAUUAAGACGCACAGAGAGAAAUCGUAUAGAAAACAUCCUGAAAGCCCACGUGGGCAUGAAGUUGGGCCAGAUCAAUGAGGGCUUGAUCCCCAUUUGUGUGCGUCGAUCCUGGCUUGCUGUCAACGAGGGUUUUUCCGUAUCCAACACCCACAUGAAGACCAGCAAUCUAGCACCCCUGAAAAGUGGGAGAGCCAGUGUGAACACAUCCCGAGAGCUUUCCUUCCUCGAUCCGUGCACUCAACAGGUGCUGGGACACCAUAUUGUGAGGUUUUGGGCCAAACACAAGUGGAGCCUACCCCUCAGGGUUCUCAAGCCCAUUAAGCUCUUUAAACUGGAAAAAGUUUCCUCCUUAUCCCUUACGCAGCUUGCUGGUCCCUCCUCAGCCACCUAUGAAUCUAAGCUUAGCUCAAAAGUUGAGAAAGCCGUGUUCCUAAGAGAGUCACCACCGGCAGGUCUGAGAAAGCAGGUGCUAACCAAAGCAUCUGUUCAGACUCCAGACAGUAUUCUGGUGUCUUCACCUACAUUUACACAGUUCCAGACGGCCCCACAAAGGAUCCCAUCUUGGAAUCCCCAUGGGCCCUUGAAGCCUCCUCCAGCUGGACAGGAGGGCAGGUGGCCUUCUAAGCCCCUCACAGGCAGCGCCCAGCAGAGCGGGAGCUUAGGAGCCCAAUCCCCAAGGACUGGAGAGACCAUGGAGGCAGCGCCACAAGCCGGAGUCCCCUUGGGAGCCUUCAUGCUGGCAAACCUCCAAGCCACACGGAAGGAUGUGAGUGGUUUAGAGGCUCCAGGGACCAGUAAAGGCUCUCAGCUCCCUAGAAUGUGUGUCUCCCAUGAUGCAGAAGAGCUCUAUCUUACGGGAGAGGUUGUUACUGACUUUGAGCCCAGAAUGGCCACCAAGUCAGAGACCCAGCCUCAAGUUGGUGGCGCCGUUGUGCUCCUUCCAGAUGGUUUUACUGACAUUCCCCUUGCUACAGAGACUCUGGCUUCUCAAGUGCCCCACGGCCAUCUCCAAAGCAUGACUACCGGGAACAUGUGGGCUUCCCAGGAGCUACGUGACCUUAUGGCAGCCAGAAGGAGCAACCUCGGGCACAAGGAGCCCAAGAACCUGAAAUGUCACAGCUCAUGCCAGAACCAGAUGUUUACCCUUACUCACAAGAGUGAGAACCCAAUGAAGCCCAACUUAGAAAAACGUGAAGAAAGGCUUGAAGAACUGAGGACUCCCCAGUUUACACCAGUCAAGAAAACAGAAGAAACCCGACAGAAUGAAGGCCUCCAGCUGUUGCCGUCAAAGAAACAGCCUCCUUCAAUAAGCAACUUCGGAAAAAACAUCAAACAAUUUUUUCAGCAGGUCUUUUCAGUGAAAAAAAGCAAGCCAGCACCAGUCACUGCCAAGAGCCAGAAAAUAGUGAAAAACAAAUCACGUGCGUACGGCAGCUGUGCUGAAGCUGACGGGCUCAUGACCGCAGUUGGACAGAUGCUGGAGGAAAAAAUGACACUUUGCCGUGAGCAUCAUGCCUUGAAGGUAAAUCAGCACAAACAGGAGUUCCAAGCCCUGGUCUGUGGGUUGCCCUGCAACCACAGGCACCCCUUCCACCCGGAACACAGCACAAUGCUGGGCUAUGCAGCCAGCAGUCAACAAGCCACUCUCAAGAGCCACAGUCACCCCAACAGAGAGAGGCAUAUCAGAGAUCAACAGCCCUUGAAAAGUGUCCAGUGCAACAAUGAGCAACGGGGCCGGCGACAUCCCCAACUCUUGCUCCCCAAGAAGGCUGUCUCCCCAGUCGGUGCCCCUCAGGGCGGACUGAAGACACCUGGUGCCUUCACCCACCAUCCCCACUGUCCAAGGCACUGCCUUCUUUGGGAAGGUAUCUAAUCUGGUCAAUCACAAAUUCUUUUUUCAGCAUUUCCUAGAGAAAAACAAGUCCCCAAGAAAAGAAAUCACUCUAUGUAGAGAAAAAAUAUUUUCUCUCAUGUUCUUACACCCAGAACAUUUAAUAUUCCACAAUAAAUAAAUAUCACUUUUUUUCAC